UUGUCCUUUCUCUUUUUUCUGACAAAACCAGAAAGUUUCAAUCUUUAUUUUAGAGCGAAAUCGGUUUAUUUGAAUCGCCAAGAAAAAAUACUCUUUUUUUUUUUAUCGUCUCUUAUAUAAAAAAAAAAAAGGCUUUUGCUCAGGACUAAACAAAAAAAUGUCGGUGAAACCCACAGUCGCUUUGAGAGGUAUCCUAGUAGGUGGAGUGGCCAUAUUUGCCAAAGUUGCGGCUGCAAUGAAAGCAGCUGGAGGUGUAAAGCUUGGUGCAGCUGCUACAGCUAUGACCGUGGCUGCUACCGCUGCUGUGAGUGGAGGAUCUAAGCAAGAUCAAAAGCAAGAUGCUUCCAAGGCACCACCACCUUCUAAAUAAGUAUUAUUAUGAUAUCCAAGUAAUUCUUCCUUACCAAAUCAAUAAAGCAGAGAAUAACUCCAUAAAAGACCAUUCUAGUUUUUCCAAGGGUUCUUAUGGAGUUACAUUCGAUGUAAUGUUGUUGUUACUUGAAAGUGUUAAAACUGUAGUUUUCUUCUGUAAUAAUAACUUCUUUAUUCAUAUAGUUAAAAGGAGAUCGAUUGCGAUA